GUGCGUGUGUGUGCGCGUGCUGAUGUGCCUGUAGGGGGCGUCGGAGCUGCUGUUGUUGGGAGUUGGUUGAGGGUGUGACGACCCGUGCAUCUCGAACAAGUUCGGGACUGGAGCGCGCUGCUCUUCUCAGAUGACGAGGCGCUAGCGCCGAGGGCGACCUCAUCAAUAUGAGCACGUCCAGCAAUGCUGACUAUGGCCUGGCUUUUGGAGUGACUGCCGGCUCUGGCAUGGCUACGCUACUGGGGUCGGCAGUCGUGUUCUUUCCUAGCUUUUACAAGCCGAUCGUGCUGGGCGUGAGCUUGGCCCUGGCCGCUGGUGUCAUGAUCUACGUGUCUUUUGUCGAAAUCUUCUUCAAAGGCUUGGACGAAUUUGAGGCCUACUUUGACGAUCAGGAGGGUGUAAAUCGGAGCCUCGUUUCGGUCGAGGCCUACGAAGCCCCCGCAAAGGCCUAUUAUACUGCAACAGCCACCUUUUUUGCCGGCAUCGUCUUGACGUUCCUUCUGGACAUCUUCAUCCACUGGCUCUAUCAAUUUCAAGCCGAAGACUCUGCCACAGUGAGUGACAGGGCCAAUCAGCAUAGUCCCACAGGGGAACAGGAUGCUGCUUCAUUGCAAGAGACAACAGCUUGCGACCUCGAGCGCGCUGCUACCAGGAAUUCCCGGACACCGAGUUCAAGCACCAGGCGGGGUCGUGCUGCUUCCAACGGGUGCGACACAAACGUGGAAAUUGUGGCCAACUAUCGGCAUGCCGAUCACGCGCGCAGCACCCUUUUGGAGCUGCAGCAUCGCGAAGAAGACCGUCUGCGACGGCAACCUCACCAUCCCGAGCAAGUGUUGAUCGAGCGACGGGAUUCUGGUGUCAAUUUACACGGCUCCCAAGAGAUUCAGCAAAACUCGGCCAAAAAACUCGUGUUCAUGGCGCUUAUCACGGGCACUGCCAUAGCCCUUCAUAAUUUUCCGGAAGGCCUGGCCACCUUUGUCGCUACGGCGCGCGAUCCGUCGGUGGGAGCUCCCUUGGGCGUUGCCAUUGCCAUUCAUAAUAUUCCAGAGGGCAUUUGCGUAGCGGUGCCCAUUUACUUUGCAACCAACAGCAGCCUGGUGUCCGGCAUGAUGGUGUACAUCUCCUUCCGCGAACUCAUUCCCACGGCCCUGAGCUAUGACAGCGAGGGCAAGCACACGGUCCCAGCCCUGUUCUUUGGCAUGUGCCUCAUGGCAGCUAGCUUGAUGCUAUUCAAGGGAUGAGGACACAGCCUUUCUCUUGUUCUGGCACCUGCCCAUCCAAACCCGAAAUCGACUGGAAAAAU